AAUGCACCCAGGCAGAAUUACUCUGGGGAAAACCAAGUCUCGCACUCGAAAAUCCGUGAUCGCUGGAAAUCAAAGGCCGGUCGGUCGCGGUUCAAUUCUAGCCCGAGUCGCUAACUCCUUUUUUUUCGACGAGGUUAUUCAUCUGAGUAAAGGUGCUCCGUGUGUGUGUGAUCUGGUGCACGCAUAUCAAAAACGAUCAUGGGGAAUUUCAUGUGUUCUACGUGAGGCGGAUCUUAAGACACGAGACCGCGAUCGAGUGCGAGUCACCUGACGUAAAACGUGGCUUGGGGCGACUUGAGAGGAGUACCGCGGGCUUAGAUUUGAUCCCAGUAGGUAACGUGUUGCGACGUGUUCAAACAGACCAUCCACAUGCUGCUUCGAAAGCUGGUGGCGCGUUGCCAAUCGGCGGCGUCGGGGGGUGGCGUCUUCGUCGUCGCCGCCGCCGCCGCCGCAAAUCUACAGCCUUGUCUACUACGACGAUUUCAGCCGGGCAGCAGCUUCUGUUAUCACGACGCAGUUGAUUAUCAUGACGACGGAUCGACAAACACCGGCAAAAACGGUGGCAGUAUGGGUGAAACCCCUCGCCAACGUCCGAUGCCAUCGGUCCAAGUUCCCGGCGGCAGUGACCACUUAAUUCAAUCAUCUUCCCCCUGCCCGCCGCAAACUAGUAAUUCACUGCGCAGCAAAAUAUUGCGCAACACGUGCAUUUCACGCCACCACUUGACACCGGAGAUCGCGCUGCGACUCAUAACGCCCGAGUGUGACAUUUAUCAUCGGCCAAUAGCGGCAAAUUCUGAGGAUGGGGGCCACGGAUUCGACGCCGAUCCGUUUUGGGGAUUCUACUGGCCCGGUGGCCAGGCUUUAACCAGGUUCAUCCUCGACAACGGGCAUCUGUUCGAGGGUCGUCGCGUGCUGGACGUUGGCUGUGGCUGCGGGGCAUCCUCCAUCGCGGCCAGCCGGGUCGCGGCCAGCCAUGUCGUCGCCAACGACAUUGACCACGCUGCCCUGGAAGCGACGCGUGUCAACGCGGAACUCAACCAGAUCACAGACCUAGAGCUGGACCGGCGAAACCGUAUCGGUGACGUCAACGACAGCUAUGACGUCGUGCUGAUUGGGGACCUGUUCUACGACACCGAAAUUGCGGAUCUGCUGCUGCCAUGGCUUGCUGCGUUGACGAAGACGACGCGCAAAACGGAGAUUUACGUUGGGGACCCCGGACGGCAUGGGUUGACGCGGAGGGAGGGUCGUUUGGGGAGCAGUAUGACUCAAUUAGCACGAUAUGAGCUGCCGGCGAAUGUUUGUAUCGAGAAUAACGGAUUUUCGCACGCGACGGUGUGGAAGUUUGAAGGUGAAGAUUUUCGGUGAUUGAGCAUUUUUUCUGUUGAUGUUAUGUAAUGAUUUUAAAUGUGAUCAAUGAAAUAAAAAUGUUAUAAUA